AUGGGAGGCCUCGGCCUCAUCCAGACGAAGACCCUCGCCGACGUGAUGCAGCUGGUGCAUGCUGUCCAGUUGUUGGAGUCGACUGAUCUCGGCCCAAUGACUGCUCAGCUGCUCCGUACGGCUGUGCAGAAGAAAAUCAAGCGUGCGCCAACCGACUCCGAAGUGGCCGACUACCUGAACCAGAAGCUUGACGGCGCCUUCGAGACGUACUACGCCGACACCCGCAACAUGUGGACAAGAGUGCGACAAGCAACCGGCCACCUCGUCAAGACCGACAAGCUCGAUGUGAAGUGGGCGUGGACCAACGACAAGAUUCAACUGCUCGUGCUCGGAUGUGGCGUCACCAAGAAGACGUGUGAGAAGAUGCUCAAGCGCGCCGUCCAUCAAGCUCAGCUCGUUCACCUCACCGCCAAGAAGAGCCAGGGCAAGGUCUACAACAUCACCGCCCACCAGCCCGUCUCCAACUACUUCCUGCGUGACGGACGCUAUAUCCGCUUUGCGGAUUGGCGCUUCGUUCACCGUGCAAGACUCGACGUCGUUCCACUAAAUGGCUGCAACCGUGCCCGUGAUCAAAAAGACAAGCGUUGCCGUAGAUGUGGCUACCAACUCGAGAGCGUCGCUCACGUCCUGUGUCAUUGCCCUGCUCACGCCCACGCCAUCACCCUGCGCCACAACGCCGUCCUCGACCGCCUCGUCAACGCCGUCAAGCUGCCCCCGACCACCACCAAGUACGUCAAUGUCAAGAUCCCCGGCACCGAUGGUCAACUACGUCCCGAUCUCGCCCUCGUCGACCAUGUCAGGAAGCGCGUGACGAUUGUCGACGUGACCAUGCCGUUCGAGAACCACGACCUGGACGUCUUCGCUGCCGCACGUGCCGAGAAGCUCCGCAAGUUCGCCGACAUCUUCAACAAGUUCAACGCGGAUGGCUACGACACGUUCCUGGGCGCCCUCAUCGUUGGGCCACUCGGCGGAUGGGACGAAGAAAACGACUCCGUGCUGCGCCGACUCGCCGUCUCCGUCAAGUACGCCGCGCUGAUGAAGAAGUUGAUGGUCGCCGACGCGCUGAAGUGGUCAAGGGACGCAUACGUCGAGCACAUCACCGCCCACCGCCAAUAUCAAGCC